AUGCCUGACUUCAUCCAGACCCGGCUCGAGGCUCUUGGCCUGAUCGACGACGAUAUCGUCAGCCUUCUUGAGAACAUCGGCACAGUUUUCGAGACAUACUCGGAACCCAGCCGCCGCGAAAAUGCAGAAAUCAAAGAGAAGUUUGAAAAUGGGGUCAAGGACGUCUAUUCGUCGCUCAGCUCGAUUGCCAUUGGCUUGCGUAACGAGAUCAAGAUCAUGGAUGAGAACAUAGGCGUGUUCGAUAAGAAUGAGGACCUGGUGAUGAUUCUUCCCAUCAGUGUUGAGCAGAAGAAUACCACGCUUGGCGUCCAGAAACAGAAGCUGGAGCUCCUGAAGUUGAAGGAUGCCUGA